AUGGAUGAUCAUCAGCAACCGGUCAUCAAAACCAACGGCCCAGAUUCAUCCUCGUCCUCCUUCUCCGACCUCCAGUACCAGUCGGGCUUCCACAACCACUUCUCCUCCGAAGCUCUCCCCGGAGCUCUCCCACACGGCCAGAGCAGCCCUCUCCUCUGCCCGUACGGCCUCUACGCCGAGCAAAUCUCCGGCACCUCCUUCACUUCCCCUCGCAAGCUCAACCACCGGACAUGGCUUUAUCGCGUCAAGCCUUCAGUGACCCACGAGCCCUUCAAGCCGCUCGAGUCGAGCCACAGGAAGCUCGUCUCCGAGUUCACCGACUCGAACAGCUCCACCACGCCGACCCAGCUUCGGUGGAAGCCGGUUGAUAUACCCGAGACCCCCACAGACUUCGUUGAAGGGCUUUACACUGUGUGUGGUGCUGGGAGCUCGUUCCUCCGCCAUGGUUUUGCUAUUCACAUGUACACUGCCAACAAAUCAAUGGAUAAUUGUGCAUUUUGCAAUGCUGAUGGUGACUUCUUGAUAGUUCCCCAAACUGGAAGGCUCUGGAUCACUACCGAAUGCGGAAAAUUGCAAAUUUCUCCCGGUGAAAUUGCUGUAUUACCUCAAGGAUUUCGUUUUGCAGUUGAUCUGCCUGAUGGCCCUUCACGUGGCUAUGUGGCUGAGGUUUUCGGCACCCAUUUUCAACUCCCUGAUCUUGGACCAAUAGGAGCUAAUGGUCUUGCUGCUCCAAGGGAUUUUGUUGUUCCCACAGCAUGGUUCGAAGAUAGUUACCGUCCAGACUACGUUAUUAUACAGAAAUUUGGUGGGGAACUUUUUACUGCAAAGCAAGAAUUCUCUCCCUUCAAUGUAGUUGCUUGGCAUGGCAAUUAUGCUCCAUAUAAGUAUGAUCUGACUACAUUCUGCCCUUUCAACACUGUUUUAUUUGAUCAUGGUGAUCCAUCAAUCAAUACAGUUUUGACAGCACCAACUGAUAAACCUGGUGUUGCAUUACUUGAUUUUGUUAUUUUCCCUCCGCGAUGGUUGGUUGCCGAACAUACAUUCCGACCUCCAUACUACCAUCGUAAUUGUAUGAGCGAGUUUAUGGGCCUUAUUUACGGAGGAUAUGAGGCGAAAGCUGAUGGGUUUCUUCCAGGUGGUGCAAGCCUUCAUAGCUGCAUGACUCCCCAUGGUCCUGAUACCAAAACAUAUGAGGCUACCAUUGCACGUGGAAAUGAAGCAGGACCAUCUAGAAUUAGUGAUACUUUGGCUUUCAUGUUUGAAUCUUGUUUGAUCCCCAGAAUAUGCCCAUGGGCUCUUGAGUCUCCCUUCAUCGACCGUGAUUAUUACCAGUGUUGGAUUGGUCUGAGAUCACAUUUCACACACGAAGGGGCAAGUGCUAAAGAUGGAGAUAUCCAGAAUGGGGAGAAAGAGGAUUAG